AUGACCACGAACGUUCCGGCUGCCGGUGCUCGAGGUACCGUUCAAAUCCCGACGGAACGGCUUCUUGAGAUUAACCCUGAGUCAACCAGAAACAUUCCCAAAGCUAGGUUCUAUGAGGAUAUUAGUCAGGUAGUGGAGGGCAAGCUAGAACUAGUCGGGCCGACGUUGACUGCUUAUGACGAGAUUCACGGGAAGUUCAAGUUGAUGACUUCGAGUCUGAAUGACCAACUGGUAACACUCGAAGAGCGCGAAGGCCAUCUGAAGGAGGCCCUAGAUGUAAUCCGAGGUGCAAAGACCCGGAAGACAAACACGGAAACCCUGUACAAAGUGGCGGACUGUUUGUAUACGAGAGCUAGAGUUACGGAACCGCAGAAAUGUUUCUUAUGGCUUGGGUCAAAUGUUAUGAUGGAAUAUACUCCUGAAGAAGCAGAAGCGGUAGUCGGUAAGAACUUGGCGACCACGAAAGAAAAUAUCGAGGAUAUAUUGGAGAAUAUUUUGGCUUUGAGGUCUGAGACUACCGUGAUCGAGGCCUCGAUUUCUCGGCUCCACAACUAUGGGGUCUAUUUGAGAAAGCAACAUAAUGUCUAA